GGUGUAACAAAACAAACAAACAAACUACUUCUUCAGACUGCAUACACAUAUAACUUGCUCUCCCUCCCUCCAACCAAGCUCUCAUUAAUGGCUUCUUCCAUUGCUCUGAAAAAGCUCCUCUCCUCCUCCUCCUCCAACCUCGUCCCCUCCUCUCUCCGUUCAAUCCGCGCCGUAGUAUAUCCGGCUACAUCGCGUCUCUUCAACACCAACGCCCUCCGUCAAUUCGAAGAAGGCGACGACCGCCGCGUCGACGAUGUUGAUCGCCGUUCUGCUAACCGCUCUCCCUUCCGUCGCGCUGACUUGCUCUCAGAUGUAUUCGAUCCGUUCUCGUCUUCCACAAGAAGCCUGAGCCAGAUUCUGAACGCGAUGGAUCAUAUGAUGGACCUUCCAUUUGGCGGUGGUAGUCGGGGGGGAAUUCGUCGAGGGUGGGACGCAAAGGAAACAGAGGAUGGACUGUAUCUUCGGAUGGACAUGCCCGGCCUGGGAAAAGAGGAUGUGAAGAUCUCAGUGGAGCAGAACACUCUUGUGGUGAGAGGAGAAGGGGAGAAGGAAGUGGAAGAUGAUGAAAACAGCAGAAGCAGGUUCAGCAGCAGAGUAGACAUUCCGGAUAAGUUCUUCAAGCUAGACCAGAUUAAAGCUGAGAUGAAAAAUGGCGUUUUGAAGGUUAUGAUUCCGAGAGUGAAGGAAGAAGAGAGGAAGGAUGUGAUCAAUGUUAACGUGGAGUGAGUAGUAAAGUAU